UUGGAGGAAACAUGGCGACGUCUAAUUUGUUAAAGAAUAAAGGCUCCUUGCAGUUUGAGGACAAGUGGGACUUGAUGAGGCCCAUUGUUCUCAAGCUGCUGAGACAGGAGGCUGUCACCAAGCAGCAGUGGUUCGACCUCUUCUCAGAUGUCCAUGCUGUGUGUCUGUGGGAUGAUAAGGGCCCAGCUAAGAUCCACCAGGCGCUCAAAGAAGACAUCCUAGACUUCAUCAAACAAGCUCAGAACCGUGUUUUGAGUCACCAGGAUGACACAGCGUUACUGAAGGCCUACAUUGUGGAGUGGAGGAAGUUUUUCACGCAGUGUGACAUCCUGCCCAAACCCUUCUGUCAGCUGGAGAUCACACUGAUGGGGAAGCAGGGCAGCAACAAGAAGUCUAACGUUGAGGACAGCAUCGUACGCAAGUUGAUGUUGGACACAUGGAACGAGUCAAUCUUCUCCAACAUAAAGAGCCGUCUUCAGGACAGUGCUAUGAAGCUGGUUCACGCUGAGAGGCUGGGAGAGGCUUUUGACUCCCAGCUGGUUAUAGGAGUACGAGAAUCAUACGUCAACCUGUGCUCUAACCCUGAAGACAAGCUCCAGAUCUACAGAGAUAACUUUGAGAAGGCCUACCUGGACUCAACUGAGAGGUUCUACAGAACACAGGCCCCAUCAUACCUACAGCAGAACGGAGUCCAGAACUACAUGAAAUAUGCAGACACAAAGCUAAGAGAAGAGGAGAAGAGGGCAGUUCGAUACCUUGAGACUCGUCGUGAAUGUAACUCUGUCCAAGCUCUGAUGGAAUGUUGUGUGAACGCUCUGGUGACGUCGUUUAAAGAAACCAUCCUGGCCGAAUGUCCCGGCAUGAUCAAACGCAACGAGACAGACAAGCUCCACCUGAUGUUUUCCCUGAUGGAUAAGGUUCCUAGUGGGAUAGAGCCCAUGCUGAAAGAUCUGGAGGAUCACAUCAUGAACGCUGGGCUGGCUGAUAUGGUGGCUGCUGCAGAGACUAUCACUUCUGACUCUGAGAAGUACGUGGAGCAGCUGCUGACGUUGUUUAACCGUUUCAGUAAACUGGUGAAGGAGGCUUUUCAGGAUGACCCUCGAUUCCUCACCGCCAGAGACAAGGCCUACAAAGCUGUGGUGAACGAUGCCACCAUCUUUAAACUGGAGCUGCCUCUCAAACAGAAAGGGGUAGGUCUGAAGACCCAGCCAGAGUCGAAGUGUCCAGAGCUGCUAGCUAACUACUGUGACAUGCUGCUGAGGAAAACAACCCUGAGCAAGAAACUCACGUCAGAGGAGAUAGAACUCAAACUCAAAGAAGUGUUGCUGGUAUUGAAGUAUGUUCAGAAUAAGGAUGUGUUUAUGAGGUACCAUAAAGCCCACCUGACCAGAAGACUGAUCCUGGACAUCUCAGCCGACAGCGAAAUAGAAGAGAACAUGGUGGAGUGGCUCAGGGAGGUGGGGAUGCCUGCAGACUAUGUGAAUAAGCUGGCCAGGAUGUUCCAGGACAUUAAAGUAUCGGAUGAUCUCAACCAGGUCUUCAAGGAGAUGCACAAACACAACAAGCUGGCUUUACCAGCUGACAGUGUGAAUAUAAAGAUCCUGAAUGCGGGGGCGUGGUCGAGGAGCAGUGAGAAGGUGUUUGUCUCUCUGCCUACUGAGCUGGAGGAUCUGAUCCCAGAGGUAGAAGACUUCUACAAGAGGAACCACAGCGGGAGGAAACUACACUGGCACCAUCUCAUGUCCAAUGGCAUCAUCACCUUCAAGAACGAAAUGGGUCAUUAUGACCUGGAGGUCACGACCUUUCAGCUGGCUGUCCUAUUUGCCUGGAACCAGCGGCCGCGGGAGCGAAUCAGCUUCGAGAACCUUAAAUUGGCCACCGAGCUGCCCGAUGCUGAGCUACGACGCACACUCUGGUCUCUGGUAGCGUUCCCUAAACUGAAGAGACAGGUGUUGUCCUAUGAGCCUUCAGUCUCCUCCCCUAAAGACUUCACAGACAGCACCCUGUUCUAUGUCAACCAGGACUUCUCUCUCAUUAAAAACUCCAAGGUCCAAAAAAGGGGCAAGAUUAAUCUGAUUGGUCGACUGCAGCUGACCACGGAGCGAAUGAGAGAGGAGGAGAAUGAGGGCAUUGUCCAGCUGAGAAUAUUAAGAACCCAGGAGGCCAUCAUCCAGAUUAUGAAGAUGAGGAAGAGGAUCAGUAACGCCCAGCUACAGACAGAACUGGUAGAGAUCCUUAAGAACAUGUUCCUGCCCCAGAAGAAGAUGAUCAAGGAACAGAUCGAGUGGCUCAUCGAACACAAAUACAUCAAACGGGACGAGACAGACAUCAACACCUUUAUCUACAUGGCAUAGAACCCCUUUACCUGGACUGGAACCCCCUACCUACCGCUUGACCUGGCUGGACCCUCGCUGCUGCAGGAGGAAGAAGAAAUGCAGUAAGAGGAGGGAGGAGUGGUUGUUUCAGAAGAAGAGGAAGGAGAAUAUCUCUGCGGCCGGGGGGGGUUGGUUGGCUGUAUGAGAUAGAUGGUGUAGUCUUCAGACUGUGGUGCCCCUCGGGGUCCAGGAGGACAGUGGGGCUGACUGACAGUCUCAGUAUCACAGUAGAGACAUUAUUAAAUAAAUAAACUCCCUGCCUUACCCUCCUUACGCAGUCCGCACAGAGACAGACAAAAGGACUAACGGACUAGUGGUCUAUAUCAUUAUGGAGUAGACACAGAGAGGAGUGUAUUUUGCCAAAUGUACUGUGUGUGUCUAUGUAUAUGUGUGUCUGCACCUUGACAGCUUGUUGCUCUGUGGAAGUCUUGCAAUCAUCUGAGGACCCGUCGCGCGCGUGUGUGUGUGUGUGUGCGCGUGUGUGUGCGCCUGUGUGUGUGCGUGUCUCACUUUCCUCCACCCCCCCAACUGCCACACCCCUCAGAGAGGAUCAUGACUCCUCACAUAUCAGCCAGUCGCUGGGUGAGAACAAAUGAGAACAUCAGCACUUUUCUGUGUUUCAGUGUGUCUGAAUGGCUUUAUAUAUCAAUUUCAUUCUACUUUUCAAUGCUCAUCAUUAUUUUUAUGAACACUUGUGUGUUGUGUCUAUCGAUUGUUAAAUGCUGCACAGCGUCAUCCAAUCGAUCGAAGUCACAAAGCUCUCUAGCGAUCUUUGAUUCUUCUCUCUCCCCCACCUAUAGCCAGUGCAGGACAGGACAUGACAGGUGUGUUAUUGUCAGACCAUGAGGGGGUGUCAUGACCCAGGUUUCUUCCCAAAUGCCACCCUAUUCCCUAGGUACUGCAUUAUUUUUGACCAGAGCUCUAUGGGGUCAAAAAGUAGUUUAUGUUCCCUAUAUAGGAAAAAAUAUAUAUAUUCCCUACUAAGGGAAAAAUAUUUGAUAUCCUAUAUAUGGAAUAGGGUGCCCCAGUAAAAUACCUCCAGUGCAAUAGCUAGACAGCCCCUCCUACUAGAGUACUUCCUGUGAUGAGGUCAUGUUGCUAAAGCAACGGCACUGCAGUGUUGCUAUUAAUGCACCCUACCCACAACCUUUUACAGAAGACUGUGUGUUGCAGUAUGAUAUGAGUGGGGAGGGGUGAUGAUAGAAAAAAAGAAAUGUGUUGCGGUCGUGUGGUGCUGACUUGUUUAUUUAUUUCAUUUUUUAUCAGAAUGUGGUUGGUUUGUAUGCGAGUGUUUGAUAAAUAGGUCCGGUCUGUAGUGGGCUACUAGGUGUACAUAGCCACUUAUUGAUUUGUAGUAAUGUUACAUGAUUAAAUGUAUGAGACGACUUAAUAACACUAUCCCGCUUUUACUCUUUUUAGUUUGAGUUUUACUUUUGGCAUUGGGAUAAUGUUGUAGUGUGGGAUAUUAAAUGCGUCCCAAAUGGCAUCCUAUUCCCUACAUAGUGCACAAAAAAGUGGUGCACUAUAUAGGGAAUAGGGUGCCAUUUGGGACGUAACCUAGGUGUCAAUGUCCUCUUUUCUCUCACUCUGAUUUUAAUGCAACCACAUUGGAAUCAAUUUAGACACCUCAAGACAAAGUGAUUGUCAGAUGAUGGAAACAUUACUUGGGAUUUAGCAGUUAUGAAUUGUUUGAUCAUGUCAUGGCUGUAUUUCAUCCUACCAUGUUUAAUUCAUACACACUACAUACCGUAUAGUCCACCAUUCUACAGUGGAGGACACCUAUGAGAAACACACGUACACACAAUGACUAUUGACAAAACAGUUAAUAGUUUACUCUACUGGGUAAUGUCAUGUGUGGUUAACUCUACUACCUGUCAACUGGCAAUACGAGGGCUCUCCUCCACGUGAACUAGUUACAUUUCUCAACCGACUGGCUAGUUCAACUUUAGAACAGUUACUCUGAAGGAUAUCUAUCUUUGUGAAUAAAAGGUGUGUUUAUCAUUAUUGACAGUAUAUGCGGUGAUAUCGUACACUGAAUGACAUUGUGUCCAGCAGGCCCAGGUUUUAGUAACAUUGUUCUUUUUCAUGUCUUCCUUCCCUGGUAUCUGACAUUAAUGGUUACGCAUCAAAACAACCUGGAGAAGAAGCCUUUGUCCCAAAUGACACCCUAUUUCAUAUUUAGUGCACUACUUCUGAACAAGGCCCAUAGGGCUCUGGUCAAAAGUAGUGCACUAUAUAAGGUGUAAUUUGGGACGUAUGCAAAGUGUUAUUACAUUUUAGUAAUUUAGCAGACACUCAAUUAGCGCAUUCUUAAGAUAUGUUAUCAGAGUAAUGUACUUAAUGUAACUGUCUGAUACACUUAGCUAUUCUCUAGAUUUUUGCCAUGUUCAACAAUGUUUUAAGAUGACACAACUUAGGUCACUUUAUGAGUAACAACAAAUAAACAGUAUUAAACUAUGACAAACUCAAUUUUUGUUGUAACAAUUCAUGUUUUUCUCUGCACAGAAAUUUCAUAUAGAGCAACUCUUACUGUGUUAUGAGACUGACAUCUUGCUUCAGUUUGUCUUUAAGUGUGUUUGUGAUGAUGGUAAACAGAUGGGUAAUCAUAAGACACGUAUCUCUUCCUCUCCUUCCCUACUUGCAUAUCUGGAGCCCCGAGGGGAAACUUGAAAAACUAAGUUUUAUCGAUCAUAACAUUACCAGAUGAAUGUGUGUCCCUACUUUGAGUAAAGAUAUAAUGCUGUACAUUGUUUGAAUGGGAGUAUUCUGGCUGUUGGGCUCAACUACUUAGAUGUGUUGCAUUAUUAUAUUUUUGUUAGACUUUUUGCUUUUUUUUGUAUAAUUUAUUUCCUGGCAAAUAAAAACUACUGUAAAGAGA